AUGGUGUUCAAACCUGGACCCUUUGUUGACAGCCUGUGCCGACACCAACCAACAAGUAUGGACGAACUGAGAGCACGCGCCGCCAGAUACAUACAAAUGGAAGAACACGCGGAAUUUCGUAACACUAUCCGAGAUGGUCUCACUCUCAAGGGAGAAUUCAGUAACAGGGAGAAGCAAAAACAUCACUUCGAUCAAAGAUCAAAAAGACCUCGUCAAACACGAGGCCCCUGGUAUGAUUUUUAUACACCCCUUAAUGCUCCUCGAGUCAAUAUUUUGGAGGAAGCUAACCACGCAGAUCUGAUCUCCCUGCCCCCUCCGGCCUACAACUCGGCCAAUGCCGACAAGAGCAAACACUACCGAUAUCACAGAAAUCAUGGGCACACAACGGAGGAGUGUUGGAGCCUAAAAGAUAAAAUCGAAGAAUUGAUUCAAGCUGGUCACCUUGGGCAAUACAUCCAACGAGUUCAAGCUUCUCGCGGAGGCUUCCGAGGAUGCGGUAGAGGACGAGAAAAUAAACCCAGUGCAAACAGUGCCGAUCCACAACACGGAGAUAAAGCCUCUACCGAAAACAACUUGCAUGGGAUCAUUAAUACCAUUUCCGGGGGUUUCGCCGGAGGAGAAAGUUCUAACUCCGCCAGGAAGCGGUAUUUACGCAAUGUUCAUAACAUCAACAAUCCCCACAACUUGGACCCCAAAAUGAACCCAUCAACUCCUCCCAUCGUUUUCAAUGAUGACGAUUAUGCAGACAUAAGCCUCAACCAAGAUGACCCCAUGGUCAUCUCGGUCGAGGUGGCUAACUGGGAAGUUCAGAAAACCCUGAUUGACCAGGGGAGCUCUGCCGAUGUGCUUUAUUGGCCAACCUUCUUGAAGCUCGACAUCCCCCAUACCAUGAUCCAACCAUAUUCCGAACCUCUUGUGGGGUUCGCAGGUGAGCGAGUUCAUACUCGUGGUUUCGUUGAGCUAUUAACCUCUUUUGGUACAGCCCAAACUUCCAGAAGAGUAUUGGUGAAGUACUUGUUGGUUGACGCUGCCACUUCUUACAACAUCCUUAUCGGAAGACCAACAUUGAAUCAGUUGGGAGCAGUCGUAUCAACACCUCAUCUAACUAUGAAGUUCCCGGGCACAGAUGGACGCAUUAUAGCUGUAAAAGCUAAUCAACAGAUAACAAGGCAAUGUUACGCUCAAAGCUUGAAGAUUGCACCCUUAAAGAUUGCACCAACCAAUCAACCUGAGAUUGGUAAAAAGCCAAACCAGUGCACCAAGAUUGGGAAGCACAUUGACACUGAAGUUCAAGGUAAAAUCAUGUCAAUACUUAUUGAAAACGCUAAUCUUUUUGCAUGGAGUAGUGCAGAUAUGCCAGGAAUCGAUCCCAACUUCAUUUUCCACAAAUUAGCCAUUCACAGGGAGGCAAAGCCUAUAUCUCAGAAACAAAGAAAAAUUGGAGGCGAAAGACGAGAAGCCGUCAAGGUCGAGACACAGAAACUUUUUAGUGCAGGCUUUAUCUGA